AUCAAGAAGGAUAUUUGCGUUCUACAAAUGAUGCAUAUUAUGCUAUUAUGCAACGUGAUGGUAAUUUUGUUGUUUAUACAUCACGAGAUUUUAGUCCAGUAAAUGCCCAAUGGAGUUCUAAUUCUACUAACAAAGGCCAACAACCAUUUCGAUUAAUAAUGCAAGAUAAUGGUAACUUGGUCAUCCGCGAUGUAAACAACAAAGUAAUAUGGAGUACUCAUACAGCAGGAAAAGGUGUAAAGCCUCAUCAUCUUAUUAUGCAAAUUGAUCGAAAUCUUGUCCUAUAUGAUGGCAAUCAUCAACCGAUAUGGGCAUCAAAUACAACAAAGUGGUGGUGA